UAGGUUUUCACUAAUUCUCGUCAUUUUUUAGCUUUCAGUAGUUCAUAUUAUAGGUUUUUCACUUUUUCUCGUUAUUUUUUAUCUUUUAAUAGGUUUUUUCGAUAUGAGUACGGAAACAAAGCCAGUAGUUACCGCGCUUAGGUCAUACGAGUUGAAACCAGUUGCUUUUGAAGCUGCUUCUAUACCUGAACUGAUUACUUAUUUAAAAUCCGCUUUUCGUGAUAAGGAAUUCUCUCUAGUUGAGAGAAUUCUUAUCGAUCGCGAAAAACAACUGAAAGCUGAAAUUGAGAAUCUUAAGAAGUAUAUAGAUUUCGUGAAAAUAGGGCGAGAUGACGUGGAAAUGUUAAAUUAUGAGAAGGAAUUGAAGGAUAUGGAGAGGAAAUAUGAGGAAAUGAAAAAGGAAAAAGAUGAAAUUGAGGCAAAUUUAAAGAGGAAAUGUGAAAAAGGUGAAUUUGAGGCAAAAUUGAAGAGGAAAUGUGAGGAAGUGAAAAAGGAAAGAGAUGAAUUUGAGGCAAAAUUGAAGAGAAAAUGUGAGGAACUGAAAAAGGAAAGAGAUGAAGUUGAGGAAAAAUUGAAGAGGAAAUGUGAGGAUUUACAAAAUGAAAAAGAUGAAGUUGAGGUGAAAUUGAAGAUGUAUAUUGAAAAAUUCAAGGAGUUGGAAGUUAGAAUGUUGCUUUUGGAGGAGGAUACGGCGAAAAAACAUGCUGUGGACGUAUCGGUGAUACAGAAAUUGGUGGAAGAUUUGGAAGCCGAUAUGGAUGAUGAUGUUGUAGAAGUGAAUAGUCAAGCUCAGUUAACUCCUAGGGCAGAUGCAGUGGAGGAGGAUGAUGUUGUAGAAAUGAAUUGUCAAGCUUCUGGUGCUGAUGAGAAGCAGUUUUCACCUAGGGUUUCGAUUGAUUCGACUAGAAAUGGAAGUGAUAAAUCACGAGAUGAAGGCCCUCUUCCUGUCAACUUGACUUGUGAGAAUAGAGCGCCUAUUGUAGAUCUAUCAGCAUGUGAAGGAGGAGACUGCGUUAAGAAUAACUUGAAUAAAGUAUUUGGCGUGGCUGGGUCUUCAACUGUUGUUCACAUUAAUGACAGCGAUGAUGAGAAUGCAAAGGCUUGUGUUUCAAACAGUAAUGCUGUAGGCAGGAAUUUAACUUCUCCACACAAGAUAAAAGAAGAGGAUAUAAAGGGAACUCCAUUGUCCAAGAGGAAAAGAAGCUUAAGUGAGAGUGACCAUGGGGAUAGUUCAUUUGGCACACAAAAGACAAGAUCUAUUCAAGAAUUAGAUCGUGAUGGAAAACUGCCCUUUACUCAUGAAAAUUCCCAUAAAACAGCGUUCGUAAGAAGAUGUGAUGACAAAGAUGGAGGGAAGUCUUAUUCUCAACUUUCUUCCAGAAGAUCUGAUUUAUACAAGCUUGAUGGGAUUGGUGAUGAUAGUUCUUCAGAGUCAGAUGAUCCAUUGAGUGACAAAAGUAUGAAUUUGUUAAUCAAAAGAAUUACAAAGCGUGAAAUGUUCUCAUCGGAAGAUGAUUUAAGAUCGUCCUUUGAGAAAGACCCUGAACUUUGUAUGAAGGCGAUAUGUGCACUUUAUAGGCAAAAAAUUUCUCCAAACAUCUCCUCCAAGGGCCUUCAUUUUACCAAGAGUCAGGGGUUGAGUCAAUCUGAUAAAAUCAGCAUAGCUGCUUUGGGUGAAUAUCUGAUCGACGGGGAUCGAGAAAAUAAACUCAGAAAAGCCGUGGAAGAAGUACGUCCAAAGGAUCAUGCCGAAUGUAAAAGAUUAGCUACUAAAUACUGCUAUCAACUAUAUCAGAUAUACCUUAGCAAGGAGGAUCCUUUGUUUAGCCAAAUCUCAAAGUUCUAGUUUUGCAGAAAGGCAGACAGAAAGGCCAUCUGCCUUUCUGCUACACAUAUGCUGUUUCAGAGGAAAAACUAUACUGAUAUGAACUCUCAGUCCCCAACUAUUGCUGCACAAGAUGGAACCUUUUGCUGUCUCUGGAAGUUUUACAAAAGUUGGUAACCACGAUGACUUGUUGAUUCCCAUUUUGUGACUUUGAUGUGGAUAACUGAUUAUGGAUAGUUAACAACUGAUAUAUGUAUAUAUAGGUUUUCAUGGUCAUAGAUGAUACUAGAAAUGUAAAAAGUUAGGAGUUGUGCUUCUGCCAGUUUGGGUAUUUUGUAUCCCCGUGAUGAAGACUCGUCCUCUUUUGUAUGUAAGGUUCUUAUAUUGGGCGCUUU